AUGGCACAAAACAUGCACAGAAUAUUUCAUGUUAAUAAGUGGGCAGAGAUCGGUCUCCACAUGGUGGAUGACGACAUGGACGAAUUGGUAAUGAUGCGGAUCAACGUCGGAGGAGGCCGGACUGAGCAUCUAUUAAGUUGGCACGAUAAAUUUCGGAUGAAGUUGCCUGUCAGACAGCAAGGUGGCCGUGCUUGUUGUUGGGCUCUGGUUGCCACAGAUCUCGUCAGUUACCAGCUUAGGCAGGCUGACAUAAAGUACCAUAAACACCGAGCAGCUCCUCAGGAGCUGAUCGAUAUGGUAGAUCAUGCACGAUAUCCCAGAUAUGUACGCAAUCGAGUAUGGAAUCACGGGUGUUGUGGGGCUAGUGUCCUCUUGGGGCUCAACUAUAUCAGAAUGCAUGGAAUAGCCUUGGAGGCGAACUACCCUUUCGUUCGGAGGCGUCAAAACGUUAAUAUCGAGAACAUACCUAAACAAACGAGAAUCACGAUCGAUGCAGUUCAUAGCAUGGAGAAGUAUUCAUUGGAAAGAAUUAAAGCCGUCAUCCGUAAGCAUCCGGUAGCUGGACGAAUUAGACCAUUUGAGAGUCUUAAAAGAUGGAGAGGAGAUGCAACUGCAGGCAAAAUAUACAUGAAACAUGUACUUGUAGAAGGUGACAAGGAGCCUGAAGUAAACCAUGCGGUAGUCAUAACAGGUUAUGGUGUGGAUGCGGAUGGUGUAGAGUACUACAUAAUCAAGAACUCGUGGGGGCGCAAGUGGGGAGUAGAUGGAUACGCCAAAGUCUCUAUCGAUCUCGUCACACCGACAGUCUACCCUCUCGGAGUACGCCUCGUUUCUGAUUAG